AUGCCAUCUUCAAAUAUCCUCCCCUAUGCACGCUACACUGAUCCGAAUGAAGAUCCCCGAUUGGCCAACUACGGCUACGUCCCGACUAAAUGGAUCUGCGGUCUCUUCGUUGCACUAUACUCUAUCUCCACCCUACUGCACAUCGCCCAAGCCACACGCUAUCGUUUGUGGUGGUUGUUGCCCACAGCUGCACUCGCAGGACUUCUAGAGAUAAUGGGCUGGUCAGGAAGGCUAUGGUCAGGAAUCAAUCCCUACUCUGACAGCGCUUUCACUAUGCAAAUCACGCUAACCAUCAUCGGACCAACACCACUCCUCGCCGCAGACUUCAUUAUCUUCGGACUCAUCGUACCACGGCUAGGCGAGCAGUACUCCCGAUUGAGUGGAACGUGGUAUGCUAAGAUAUUCUUGAUGUGUGAUUCUAUAGCUCUCAUAGUCCAGGCCGUUGGCGGCGGCAUCGCUUCGUCUGCCACGACACUGCAGGGAACUGUCGAUGGAGGGCACAUCAUGCUGGGUGGCAUCGUCUUUCAGCUCGCUGUGGCCGUAUUAUAUUCGAUUCUUGCUUUGGAAUAUCUGACGAGGUGGAAGUUGGACAAGCCUCUCAGAAUCAGGGUGAGUAAUUGGGAAAGGAGAAACGGUAAUGUAUCGAUGGAUGCGAGGACGAAAACGAUGCUGGUAGGACUAGGACUGCUGACAUUAUUCAUUAUCGUGAGAUCUGUUUACCGCACAAUCGAGCUGGCAGGAGGGUGGCGUGGCCAUAUCAUCAGGACGCAAGCCUACUUCAACGUACUCGAUGGCGCGAUGAUUGUUCUUGCUAUGUUUACUCUCAACCUCUUUCAUCCUGGUUAUCUUCUACCCUCACUUUGCGAGGAUAUGUGCCGCCAAGUCGAUGUAGAGACGCUAACGGGAUCACCUUCGAAUGGGAGCAAACUCGGGGAACCGAAGGCGAAGACUUCAGCUGUUGCUUAG